GCGUCCGGAGGCCAGCAAGAUGGGAAGGUGGCGGCGCUGCUGCUACUGCUCUCUGCGACUCCUGGGCUCGGCGCUGCUGCUGCUGCUGGAGGCGGAGGCGCAGGUCCCUUCGCUGCCGUACAGACCCGAACACCCACGCCAAUGCCAGGAUUCAAACAAUGAGUACUAUAAUCAGACUGCCCAUAGGUGUUGCCACUUCUGCCCACCAGGUUUUCGAGUGCGUCACCACUGCAAUGAGAGCAUCAACACCCAGUGUGAAGCGUGCGAGGAAAACACCUUUACGAAGACGUUGAAUUCGGCGGUCCGCUGCUUGGGCUGCUCUCCCAAAUGCAGAACAGGAUUGGUGGAGAUACAGGAAUGCACUCGCACUCAAGACCGACACUGCUGGUGUCCACCUCACGAAUUCUGUAGCACAGUGACCUCUAAAACAUGCUUUCGAUGUCAACCAUACCAACGAUGCUCAAAGGGCUUUGGAGUUGCAAAACCAGGCACGAAGAGCAGUAACGUGGAGUGUGCGCCCUGCGAACCCGGCACAUUUUCCGAUGUGGAAUCUCACAGCGCCACCUGCAGGACCCACAGGGUUUGUGACUUGGAACUUCAUCCUGGAAACAGCACAAAUGAUGCGGUUUGCAAGGAUUCCAGCGGUGACAUCCUCAACAUUUCUCCUCUCCCCACAGUCAAGAUCAAGGAGCCCUCUUCUCCAGGCCUUUCUGCAAGCAGCACUCCCAGUCUGGACAUGGAUUCCAGCCUGCAGAAACCUCCUAGAGACAUUGCUUACAUUAUCGGGGGUCUUGCGAUCAGCCUGUUUGCCUUGGUUGCAUUCAUCGGGGCUUUUAGCUGUAUCAUCUCUCAGAAAAAAGCUCUGCACUGCAAGAAACUCCUCAGGGGUGAACAGCAGCCAUUCUCGUCCGUUGAACAGGGACCUGACAAAUGGCCGCGGGUCUCCAGCCAUGCAGGGCAGGAGGAAGAGAACCUCUUGAAGAUUUCCCCGUCGAGCAGCGGCUCCUUGGAUUGCCCUCCUGCAUCCGACAAAAGCAGUGGAACCGAUGAUCUGGAUGAUCCCCCAAAAGAAGUGGAAGCAAGUCAACAAAGAUCAUCUCUGUCGAACAGCUGCGUGUACCACAGCAGGGCAAACUCAAAGCAACCUGGCACUGGUGGAACCCAUGUGAACAUCAGCUGCGUGGUCAACGUCUGCAACCCAGAUCAUAGUCUGCAGUUCCAGUCACUGAACAGUUCGCCUGAUCCAGAUGCUUCAGUGGGAGAAGACGUCCCCCUGUCCAAAGAAGAAAGCCCCAUCCAAAGAGCGUCUGAAGGACAAACCGCUGUAGAAGUUGAGGAGGACAACACAGACGUUUUUGCCUACGAAGAGAAAAAGCCUUUGCCGCUGAGCAUACAAGAUGUCGGCAUGAAGACCAGGUGAAGGAACGGGUCUGCCAGAAGCCCAGAGAGAGCCACCAAGGAACUAAUUGGCUUUGUCUGAAACUUGUGCUCUUACGGAUCCAUCACAGACCUUUGACAGAGGCCUGAGGGUCUCUCGCUGUUCGUAGCAUGACAAAAUGCUGUGGGGAGCAUUUUAAGGCUGAGAUUUGUGGGUGACCGGAUGAAAAGGGGUGGCAAGGAACCUGUACUUUUUUUGCAGUUGUGCAGGAGAGAGGAUUUUGGAGAGGGUUGUGUGGGCGUGAGAUGGGGGGAGGAUCUGCCAAGUAUCCCCUAUUCUGAUGAAUACCAACAGCUGGACCACACCUGAGAUCCAACUAGUCCAGCAUCCUAUUCGGAAUGACGGCUACCCAGAUGCCUCCAGGAGCAGAACAGGGAGGGUAAGGAGGCUCAAGUCCUCCCCUGCUGCUUAUGCCCCAUAUUCAGAGAGAGAAAGCGAUUACCUUUAAGCAUGGAGAUUUCCAGGGCCAGCCCUAAACUGUCUGGCACCCUAGGCAAGGCUAGCUUCUGGUGCCCCCCCCCUUCACUGAUAACAUCACCAAGUCACAUGGGGGGACACCCAAUUUGAGACCCCACAGAAGGCCAGCACCCUAGGCAGUCUCCUAGUUUGCCUAGUGGCAGGACUGGUCCUGGAGGCUUCAUUUAGUUACCUUGGUUAACAUCCACCGAUAGAUGCGCUCUCUGUUAAGAACAGCCCUACUGGAUCUGACCAAAGGUCCAUCUGGUUCAGCAUCCUCCCCCCCACCACCCCGGACAAGAACUAGCCAGAUGUCUUUGGGAGGCCCAAAACCAGGGCAUGAAGGAUAAAGCUCUUCCCUGCAGCCGUCCUUCAACAGAAUCCAUUGCUGUUCUCCUUAGCAUCAGGUCACCCCCAAAGAUUUCAGCUUGGAUCCAGGCGCCUUUCCCACUCCAUCUUGUUCAGUGCCCCUCUUUAAUACAGUCCUUGUCCCGCAUACGCGCUGGCUCAAUGAUCCACAACAUCACCUUUUCCUUAUGUCCAAAGGAGACUCCGUUUGCCUUUUUCACCUGCAGAAAAGUUGGCUGAAUCCAGCCUUUUGUGAAGAACUUUGCAGAAGUUUACUUUGUUUUGGGGCUUUUCGUUUUUGUUUUAAACGUGUGUGUGCUUGUGUCUGCACCUGGGAGUCAUUGUCACAUGCCAUCGCCUGGUGCUGCAUAUAUUGAGAGGGGGCUGAAUAAGGCCUGCCCUUAUCCCCCUGACUGCUGGUAUUUCGAGGUCUCCCAUCCAAGUCUCUGCCAGUCAACCCUGCUUAGCUUCUGAGACCUGACAAGAUUGGGCUUGCCUGGGCUAUCCAGGUCAGGGCAUUUGCUUUGGUUUUUGAAUGUGCUCCUGCUUCCUGUAAAAGCCCUUUCUCACUUUGAUUUUGGAGGCUUGCGUAGCUUGCUUCUGCUGACGGUUACUGUGAAGUAUGAAUCUACUUUUGCCCAGCUUAACCAUCUCCCUCCCUCCCCCCCCCCUUUUUUUUUUUUGCUAUGUGUUUUACUUCAGAAACGUUGCUAGAGUCUGUAGGACAGCCCAAGCUCCCAGACUAAUCAGACAGCCUGCAGAUAAGAAGUCAGGGUCAAAUUUGUACGGCCAAGACUACUGCUGUGUAGUCACGAGCAAAUAAAAUGUACCAAGUUUCUCUUUGUUGCGUGGUGACUUCUAGUAGCGUGGGUUGCAAGCAGCUGUGUCGGUCCAGAGACAGAACACAAAAAAACUAAUGUCAUGUUUUUAAUGCAAUGUAAUUUUUUAAAAAAACAAACAAACAAACCGUACAUGUCACAAAA